CUUGAGUCUGAACAGUCUUUGGAAUACGUUGAUUCUCUCAAUAUGAUGCCAGAUGAUGAGCCUGAGCAACAACCACCAAAAUUAAAUGACAGGAUGGAUAUUGAUGCGAAUUCAGAGGUAUGCUAACUCUCUUCGUUCUUUUGACUAUGCUGAUGUGCCAAUGGCUGAGGCUUCUACCAAAGUAUGUAUUAUCAAUUUCAUGACUUCCAGUUCUGACGCCUUUGAUGAUCAGGACCAGAUCAUUGACGUCGGAGCGCAACUCUUUCCAGAGUCUGUGGCAGAAGAUCUUUCCAGAUCUUCUCGUUCUUCUCGUUCUUCGUUGCGUCGCUCAUCGCGAAGAACUUCUCCACAAAAUUCUGUGGCGUCUUCCGAAAGGUCUUCUGUUGGACGAUUUGAUUCUCCUCAACCCAGCAACACACCCGAGGAAGAUCAAAGGCCUUUGUUCCUUGGAGGAUACAGGGUGUGUCGGUGGGAAGAUGUGCGAGAAGAGAUGCGCGCACAUCCCGUGUAUCCUCUAGCUGAAAACCUUCCGCAUGUGCUGCAAGACUAUAUCAACGCGAUGCCUUUAUAUACAAGGAUGCAGCCUCCGAUGCGACUUGUUUUCGAAUCCAUGAUUCGUGAAAAUACAGCAGACGACGAACCCUUUGCUCCCCCCAUCGUUUUCGAAAAUCUCAUAGAUGACCAGCCUACGCCGGACUGGGAGUUCCAUUAUACGAAUAAGAUGUGGCACGGGAAGGGUGUGCCGCCGCCAGAUAUGAUGGGACUGGAGUGCUGUGACUGUCCUGGGUCUUGCGCAAAGAACAAAGACUGUGCGUGUAGGAAGCGUCAGUUGAGAUAUGCCGAAGACAGUGGUUUGAAGGAUUGGAUAUACGAUCCGCAGGGACGGGUACGCAACGAGUGUCUUGAUGAAAGAGUGCCGAUCUUUGAAUGCAACGACCUGUGUCGUUGCGAAGAUGACUGCCGGAAUCGAGUUGUCCAGAACGGAAGGAAAAUUCCGAUUAAGAUUGCGAAGACUGAAAAAAAGGGCUGGGGUGUGUUCUACUCUGGUACUAAACGAAUACCCAGAGGGACAUUUGUGGGUAUCUAUGCGGGUGAAAUCUUGACCGAAGAGGAGGCUGAAGUGCGCGGAAUGACGUACGAUAAAUGGGGUAAAACGUAUCUUUUCGACUUGGACUUUGGCCAUCUUGAAGGCAUAAACGAAGCUCACAGGUAUUCAGUGGAUGCAUAUCAUGCUGGUAACUUUACGCGGUAUUUGAACCAUUCCUGCAGUCCCAACUGUACAUUGGCAGCAUGUUACAUCAAUGAUGCCAAUUUGCACAAGCCACUGCUGGCCAUAUUCACGUGUGAGGACGUCUCGGCAGGGGAAGAGCUUACGUUCUCGUAUUCGGGGCCGAAAACUGUUGCCGAAACAGCGGAGAAAGUAAGAGAAGGCAAUUUCCUUGAUGUUCAUACUACUUGCCACUGCGGGGCAGCCCUUUGAUGGUUGUUUGCCUAAGAGCAAAUGUCCUUCGGGACGUAUGUUUGUUGGAGUAUUAAUGCGAUAGAAUCCUGAAGCAGAAUAGUUCACUCUUGCGACCCUGUAUACGUAAUUGGUCCGUUGUCCGACUCUCUAAUAUC